AAACAGAGAGUUUCACUUUCGCCGCGGAAGCCAUGGCUGCAGGGAGCGCAGUCAAAGACCUGUGCGAAGAAGCCACCUGCUCCAUCUGCCUGGACUUCUUCAGGGACCCGGUGAUCCUCACAGAGUGCGGCCACAAUUUCUGCCGAGCCUGCCUGACCCAAAGCUGGGGGGACUUGCAGGGGGCGGCAGAGGCUUCCUGCCCCCAGUGCAGAGGAAGAGCGCAAGGAGGGACCCUCCGGCCGAACCUGCAGCUGGCAAACGUUGUGGAAAUUGCCAAAAGAUUGUCGCUUCAGGAGGGAAAAGAGGCAGGUGUGAAGGGGGGAGAAGAAAAGGGGGGGAUCUGCGAGAAGCACCAGGAGCCCCUGAGGUUUUUCUGCAAGGAGGACGAAGCCCCCGUCUGCCUGGUCUGCGGGAUAUCCAAGGAGCACAAAGAUCACGAGGUGAUUCCUCUGGAGGAGGCUUUCCAGGAAAAUCGAGCAGUUGUGGCUGCUAGAAAAGGGAAAGUUUGCCAGAAGCACCAGGAACCGCUAAAGCUCUUCUGCAAGGAUGACGAAGCCCUCAUCUGUGUGGUCUGCGACCGAUCCAAGGAGCACAGAGAUCACGAGACCCUUCCUCUUGAGGAGGCCUCCCAAGAGUACAAGGAUCGAUUCUGUGAUUGUCUGGAGAAGCUGAAGGAGGAGAGAGAAAAAAUUCUGGCAUGUAAAGCGGACGUAGUGAAGGAAAGCCAAGACCAGCUCAAGCAAACCACAGAACAGAAACAAGAGACAGUAGCCAAGUUCAGGGAACUGCACACUUUUCUGGAGGAGCAAGAGAAACUUCUGCUGGCCCAGAUGGAAGAGGUGGAGAAGGAGGUGGCAAAAAACCGGGAUCAGCGUCUGGUUGAGUUAUCUGAGGCGCUCUUCUCUCUGGACACUCUCAUCCAGGAGAUGGAGGAGAAGUGUCAGCAGCCGCCCACUGAACUCUUGCAGGAUGCCAGAAGCACCUUGCUAAGGUAUGAAGAAAAUGAGGUGUUUGAGAAUCCAGCAGCUUUUCCUCAUUCACUGAAGUGGCGCAUUUGGCACUGCUCGGAUACAAAUCUCUUUUUGAAGGGCAUCAAAAAGCAACUCAAAGACACUCUGGAUUCUGGACUUCACCUGCAGAAAGCAAAUGUGACUCUGGAUCCAGACACGGCCCAUCCCAUACUCAUCCUGUCUGAGGAUCGGAAAAGCGUGAGGAAUGGAGGAAAAGCUCAAAUUCUGCCCAAAAAUCCUGAGAGAUUCAACAAUUACUUUGUUGUGUUGGGCAGUGAGGGAUUCACAGGAGGCCGCCAUUUCUGGGAUGUCCUUGUGGGAGGUGAGGGAGAAUGGUGGGUGGGCAUGGCCAGAAAAUCUGUGAGGAGGAAGGGAUGUAUUACGCUCAAUCCUGAGGGGGGGAUCUGGGCUGUGGGGAAGUGCAGAGAAGGGGGUUACUGGGCUGCCAGAAAAGGCUCUGAUAUUCCCCUUUCCCUGAGUGAGGAGCCCAACAGGAUCCGAGUCUGUCUGAACUAUGAUGGGGGUCGAGUGGCCUUUAUUGACGCUGACCGAGGAACCGUCAUCUAUGAGUACUCUGGAGACUCCUUCUCUGGAGAGAUUUUCCUGCCCUACUUUCGAGUGUUUGAAAAAGGCCACCUCAAACUCUUUUCUUAAGGCCUUCUGUUCACACCAGGAGCCUCAAUUAAAAAAUAUUGGUUCUCAGAAGCUCCCCCAUUUAGUCCUGUAAAGGCCUCUCCAGGCUCCCAGCCACCAAAACUGACUGGAAUAAAAUGGAGACACCCUCCCCCCCCCCCCCAAAAUUCCCCAACAGGGAUUUUGGGUGCAGAGCUGGGGUGGGUAGAGUUUAGGGAGGGAAGGGACUUGAGGGGGGCCGAGCACCACAGAGUCCACUCUUUGACGCAGGGGAUCUGAUUGGCCAUUGGGAGAUCAACUGUAAUUCUGGCAGAUCUCCAGGCCUCACGUGGUCCCUGGCAACCCAGUGUAAAGCUGAGUUGGGUUUUGAACCUCAUCAAUGCAAGGCUAACAUCCUGUGCUCUGAAAUUCACUGGCUUUCAGUUUUUAUAUUACUGAUAUGUUAUGUACAUUCCAGAAAAAUCUGCUAAUAAAGGGGACCCCUGAGAGUUGCAGGGAGGAAUCCUAUUUCCUGACUUGUCAUGCUGGCCAAUGAACAGCCACUUGUCAAUCUAAUGUGCCCCCCCAUUUCCUCCUGCCGGAUUCAUGCCGUGUGGGGAGGGGGAAAUGGUGGGUUUCUCCUUUUCCCCAACAGGUGCAGGGAAGGAGCUGGAGAUGCACAUAAAGAUUCCCAUAACUUUGAUUGUUGGCUGGGGGCCGUCACACUCGCAAUGCUUAAUAGUAGUUUGAACACUUGAGUUCCACAUUCAGUCAAAAGACUGACAGCAAUAUCUGAUGUACCAACAGAAAACGCAAUAAUCCAUUUUGUAAACUGUAGUCAAAAUCAUAAAUAAAUAAUAAUAAU